CGGUGAAGUGGCCCGCGACACGGCUGUCCGAAAUGGAUAUGGCCCGCAGGCCAAAAAAGGUUGUGCAUCACUGCUCUAUAGGGACAUCUUUUGUCUGUGAUCAUGUGUGCCACUGUGGUCAGACUUCCACGGUACUAAAAGUUCGGAUACGACCAAAAUAAAGUGAUUCUUAACCCAGCGGGACCCGAGGCAUAGAGUAUAAACACGAACUGAUAUCCCUAAACUGCUGACAGACGAUAUUUAUUUCCAGUUAACUGCUAAAACGAGGCUUUAGACGACAUAGCUUCCGGUUUAUUCAUAUUCUUUGUUACGGCUCGCCGAGACUAACAGUGGAUCAUUUCGCAAGAAGCCAAGAGUGAGUCUCGGCAUACAGACAUCAGUCCAUACAUACACGUCCAUGGUUGUAGGCCGAGUCUUGGCUAGCCACGUUAAUUAACCGUGAUUAGUUCACAAUAAUAAUAACAACUACUUUUAAGAAUAUUUUUAACGUGAGAAACUUUGACUUUGCGAUACUUAUAUAAAAUGAUUUGAAAUUAUUGCCAAUUUUUAAGAUAACAGCUGCUUAUGACAAGCUGUAAGUUUCAGUAAACUAAGUAAUGUAGGCGCAUGUACCUGCAGGGCGUGGUGAGACUAUAUAGGUGCUCCAGUCGUGACACGCUUGACUACCAACUGGGGAAGUGUAAACUGCUCCAUGUUCGUUUUAUAUUUUUUAAAUGAGUAGAUUUAAAGACAUGUGAUUCACCUACUGCGGUAUCAUCAAAACUUUCCACCUUUUUAUGGUGGUUGGGAAUCGUAUAGCAAGCAGUUGACUAUGUGUAGUAUAUGAUGGCAGGUUCCAUGAUGAUAAAGCUUCCCUACCUAAGCAGUCUGCUGAUCUUGGGGAUGGUGUUGAUGGUCCUGCAGCAGUCCCAACAUCCGAGACAGGAAAAUCAGUUGAUGUCAGAUUCAGGAAUGUUGACAGAGGUCUACUCAGGCCAGCUUGACUUCGACCUCGUCAAGUUGGUAAAUGAAGUGCACCCAGAGGCACAGGUUGGUCUUCCUGACAAUCGUACACACAGAACUCUUGAGAGGAGUGGAGAUGAAGAAAUUGCAGAUCAUCCAGAUGAAGAGAAAGUUCUAACAUCUGAUAGAGAAAUAGAGAUCUUUGCAGACAUUCUGGAGGCAAAAGUUACACAAGGGGAUAUAACAGCAGGAGUUGUAGGUAACAGAACAUGUUCACUUCUUGCCUCCAUGGGCAAUGUCCGGGGCACUUGUGUGGAUACUUCCUGCCCUAGAAAUUUCAGUGCAUCUACUAAAGUCCGCAUCCGUGAACUGAUGUCUCCUCCAUUUCAGUUAACCUCUAAGCAGCAUCGUGCAAUAGCUGCCAUUGCAGAUGGUGUGCCAGAGAGGAAAUUCUUGUUUGUGACUGCUGCAUCCUCCAAUCAUUACAAGGAGUUCCAAGCUUUGGUGUAUAACUUGAAGAAUUUUGUUUUCAAUCACCUCCAUCCCUCUUCCUACGCUUUCAUCUACUUUGACAUUGGCUUGAGUACCGGACAGAGAAGCAGGGUUGUUAAAAAUUGUAACUGCACUGUCAAAAGCAUUUCCUUCGAAGCGUUCCCUAGACAUGUGCGUAUCCCCAACUGUUACGCGUGGAAAACAUUGAUUAUCAAAGCCUUACUGAAGAAGUCUGAGGUGCUCAUCUACAUGGACACAUCUAUCCGCUUCAAGGCAACGGACAUGGACAAGUUUGUUGUUCCUGUCCAGAAGUGGGGAAUGCAGUUCAUGUUCAACCCUGACUCCAUACCUAACCAUACUCUUGAGUCUAUGUUCACCUUCUAUGGUGACUUGCCUUGUAUGUACGCACAGUUUCCUGAACUCUUGGCUGGCUUCAGUGUUUUCCACAAUGAAACAUUUAUUGACAAGGUUGUCUUAGAUCCAUGGGUGGCCUGCGCUCUGAAUAAAUCCUGCAUGUGUCCCGUGGAUGGAAACUCUGUGCGUAAUUGUCCUCACAAAGAGAGGAAGGUGGGGCAGUGUCACAGGUUUGAUCUCUCCAGCAUCACACUGAUUCUGGGAAAACUGUAUGGAGACAAACUUGGUCAGCUAGUCUUCAAGCCACGAAGUGGGCCAGGCAUACGUCGGCAUGAAGAAAUGGAUUUCUUUAAAGACUAAAUUUUGCUUGCUAAAAUAUAGUCUUAAUAUUUCUUUUUUUUUUUUAUCUGGGAGCUGACUUUUAUUAACUGAGAAUGUGGAAUAGCUCAAAUGUCAAUAAUGCAGGGUUAAAAAAGGAAGUUGAGAAUGCAUGAUGCAAAAGCUAAGUUGUUGAGAAUGAGUGUAUAUAAUGGGUAGGCAUAUAUAUAUGCCAUCAAUAAGCGUAUCUAGAAACUUAGGGAUAUAUAUAUGGCAGCAUCAAUGUUUAUUCUCCUCCUGGAAUAGUUUCUUCAUUAUUUGUUUAAAUAAAUUAUGCAGAUUGUGAUUUAAAUGUUUUGAUGGUUGUUUAAUUAAGAGGACUUUACAUGACUAUAAGAAACAUGUAUUGAGAUAUAUUUAUAAAUAAGCUCAUUUUUCAUAGACUCUUAAAUAUUAUUUAAUAAAACUAUGCAGCAAGACAAAAAUGUAGCUGCUAAGUACAAAGUCACAGAGAAAAACAUUUUGUUGUUAAUCUUGAUUCAUUCAAAUUAAGGGAAGGAGGUUUUAAUCUAUUGGUGAAGUUGUGUGAUUUAUCUGUGUAUGUGUACAUUGGAAGGGUCAGGUUUAUAUGUGGGCCUGUAGUCACCUGGUGUCUGCUGUUUAUCUUCCUUUUGCUGCAGUGCAUAUGAGAUCAUGGGAGAGAACUCUUAAAUGCUUGCAUACUCUAUGUAAUUUCUGUUACAGCCUGUGUGACUGCAAUACACUUUUCGAACAAAGAAGAAAAGAAAAAAAAAAAAAACAAGCUAAAAUCGCAUUACAUCCUUUCUCUUGCAGUGCUUGAGAAAUGAGACAAAGGCUGAUGAUGAUGAUGGAGGUGGUGGUGGUGGUGGUGGUGGUGGUGCACCUAAUACCACCUGCCAGAUAAUAUUACCAGACCAUGAUGACCACGGUCAUUUGGGAAAGGUUUCAAAAGUUGGCCUUUUGAAAGGUACUGUGCGACGGCCAUGAGCUGGUAGAUGAGUAUAGCACUGAGCGCGGGAAUGGCAGGUGGUAUUAGGUGCGCGGUGGUGGUGGUGGUGUAUGUCUGGUUCAUAUCUACAGAACACACAUAUCAAGAAUCAAUUCGUUUACAGGGUGUCAUCAACAAAAUGUGUCAGCUGCCAGAAUUUAUCAUUGUUAGGGACCAUGUUGCCAACCCAUGCAGUUCCUAAGUACAAAUGUUUGAGGAAGGAAAGGGGUCAGGCAGGAAGCAGCUCAAGAAAGUUUAUUAAAGAAGUGGACUGGUAUUACUAAA